AUGAACAUCUUCGGAUCAACCGUACUUCUCGAACUGCGCCAACCAUCGUCCCCCAGCCCACCUCUUCCUCGUCCUCUCUGCCGCCCACUAACUCUGACAAUUCUUCUGUACCACCCCUUCCAUCCUCCUCCUCCUCCCCCCUCCUCCCCCUCCUCCACUGCCCCAACGGCGGCCGCUCAGUCGGCCGCCUCACACAUCAACCCCGACACAACAACCGACACCAACCCCGCCUCUCCCGACUCCAGCAACGAGGAUCAGGCCUACACCUGCCCUCACUGCGAUCGCACCUUCACCUCACGCAUCGGCCUGGUCGGUCGCUUGCGAAUUCAUCGCACAGAGACUGGCGAACCAGUGCCCAGAGCACCAACCUACACCCACCGAGCUCGACUCAACUGCCCAAACUGUCCUCGCACUUUCAGGCAUCGCGUGGGCCUAUUCGGCCACUUUCGCUUCCACGACGACCUGCGCUAG